UGUAGCGUGGAACCGAUCUUGCUACACGAACUUUAACAUAUUCCACUUAUUUCUGACUUAAAAGUUUUUCACUGCAGUGAUAAAAAUAACCAUAUUUCAGAGUUUGCAUCCAUGGUUCUAGGGUUGCUCUUUGUUUUCAGUGACCCUUUGUUCGCUUUCCAUUGUCAUUUUACAGUUCGAAUUAAUGGUUCCGAUAGCAGUGGCCCAAUUUCCUGAUAAGACUGUUCAUGGCGGGGGUCAGUGGAAAGUUCACAUUGCAUUAAUAGUAAUUCACAUUUUAAAUGAGAAUUGAUCAGUGAGAGUCAUAUCAGGUUGCAGGUGUUUCGAUUUCAAUAAUAUGGUGUUUGUAUUGAGCUAUCUUCAAGCUCCAUUGCAAGCUCUGCUACGGCCGGCACUUUGGCUUGGGUGCUUAUUUGGUAGUUUACAUAGCCAUAAAGAAAGAUGGGACACUCCAGGAACACCUGAGGAAAAUGUUCGGCAAUUAGCAGCAGUGGUCAAGGAAGCAGAGGAACAUGAUCCACACAGGAACACAUUGGACAUUCAUGUGGCAGACUCUACUUCAGGCUUUGUAAGAAUAUUUGCCUUUACAAAAGCAGAGUGGCUGGAUGUAGUGGAGGUGAAAUUUAGAGAUAAUUAUGGAGAGGCAUAUUCUUUUUCAAGUGGUGUGCUCCCAGUUUGGUUUCCAUUUUCAUUCCUUGUUAACUGUGUUCUCUUCUGGGUGCCUUUCUUGGAUAUGAAACUGAACCAGAAGCGUCUGGAGUUAUUGUACACUCACAUGAAGAAACAUUCUCAGCUCAACAGUGACAAUAUUUAAAGAAAUGUAAUGACACAUUGUUUACUCAAGUUGUGCAGAACAGUGCAGGGCUUUUCGAUAUUGGUUUGUUAGUCUAUAUCACCAUAUUUUUAAAAAACAUAUCUUUAAUAUUUUAGCAUUUUUAGGGUUUUAUUGAGAAUUUUACUGCUGUAAUGUACCAUCGUGGAGUCAUUUUCACUUUUACAAUUUCUGAGCUUUUAUAGUCUUUAUUGUCUAUACAUGAAUCCACAUGCUAUAUACUUCUUAUUAAUGAUGGAUUGAACAUCAUAUAGUGUUACAAUUCUUUACAUUGUGAUAUAGUAAUGAUUAUCUAUCACAUCUUUUACAAAUAUCUCAGUUUUUUCUUAAUUUUUGAGGGCAAUAUAAAUUUGGCGAGUAUAUUACUAUAAAGCUGAUACCUAACUAGUGGGUAUUGUUGCACAGUUUUCCC